GUAGGUCAGAGCAGUUGCUUUCUCAGUUUGCUACUUCAUGCUAUAAAGUUUAAGGCUUUGAAAGUUAGUAAUUUGCAGUCGGCGAAUUUGGGCACACUUUUCGGCGUCUACCUACCAACGGUGCAGCACAUCCUCGGUGUCACUAUGUUCAUACGUCUGUUCUGGAUCGUCGGAAUUGCUGGCGUCUGGCAUACAAUGGAACUUCUCUUCCUUUGCUUUUUAACUGUGUUGCCUUCAGCAUCCUUAUUGCAGACAUUCUGCACAUGUAUCAGUUUGUCGGCAGUGGCAACCAAUGGUGAGAUCAAAAGCGGUGGCGCUUAUUACAUGCUAUCGAGGAAUUUGGGAGCAGAAUUCGGUACAGCUAUUGGCCUUUUGUUUUAUUGUGGUAACACAUUUGCCGCAUCCAUGUAUCUUGUUGGAGGCGUCGAAAUUUUACUGAUAUACAUAUUUCCUGAAUGGACAUUUCCAAACCGAGAUGUGCAGUCAGAAACGCGUAAGUUUUAUUUCAGCGGAAAAUCUUUUUCCUAA